AUGACCCUCUCCUGCUGCCCACCUUGCUAUCAGCCUAGCUGCUGCAAGACCAUCUACUGCUGGACUACCUGCUGCCCACCCUGCUGCCCUGAUUCCGGCUGCCCCGAAUCCAUCUGCUGCCUGCCUUGCUGUCCUCCAAGUUGCAGCACACCCUGCUGUCAGUCCAGCAACAGCAGCAACAAAACUGUCAGCACUUGCUCCCAGCCCUCCAACCCACCAACCUGCUGUGUGCCCACCUGCUGCCAGCCAUGCUGCCAACCCUGUUACUUAAAGAUCAGCUGUCAGCCACCUUGCUGUGAAACCAGCUGCUGCAAGACUACCAGUAGCCAAUCAAAUAGUGUGAGCAUUGGUUGCAGCACACCCUGCUGCCAGCCCUGCUGCCCUGAUUCCGGCUGCCCUGAGUCCAUCUGCUGCCAGCCAUGCUGUCCUCCAAGUUGCAGCACACCCUGCUGCCAGUCCAGCAACAGCAGCAACAAAACUGUCAGCACUUGCUCAGAGGCCUCCAACCCACCAACCUGCUGUGAAAGCACCUGCUGCAAGACCAGCAGUUCCAAGCCAACUGGUGUGAGCAUCUGCUGCAGCACACCUUGUUGCCAGCCCUGCUGCUAUGUGCCCACCUGCUGCCAACCCUGCUCCUUAAAAAUCAGCUGUCAACCACCUUGCUGUGAAACCAGCUGCUGCAAGACUACCACUAGCAAACAAACUAGUGUGAGCAUUGGUUGCAGCACACCCUGCUGCCAGCCCUGCUGCGUGUGCCCACCUGCUGCCAGCCAUGCUUCUUCCAGCUGUGCUGCCAACCAACUUGCUGUGAAACCAGCAGCUGCAAGACCACCUCUUUCAAAUAAUUGA